AGGGAAUCGAAAUGUGCAGUUUUAUGUUGCAUCUCUUCUUCUUGGUUAAAGAACAUUUAGCUUAUUUUGUGGCAUAGUUCGAGGAGAUGGCUUGUGAAUAGUAUGGGAGAUGCCAUUGUUUUCUGUUGAGUAAACGGUGGUACUGUCUUCCUUUCUUUUCCGUCGGUGUCCGUGCUCGCCGUGCACAUCGAGCGAAUUCCGGCGAUGAUGUAUGUAGUUUAUCACUUGUCUUUCCAUCGAAAGUGACCAAAUUCCAUGCCUUUUCCGCAGCUAGAUCUGGCUCAGCGGUUCUCCAGGCACACGUUUGCGGCAAGAACAGAGCUUUCUGCUCACCCGCAGCUCUGAGCUCCGAUCGCAUCUGCUCAGACGACAAUGCAAGCGGCGCGGCAGGUGGACGACAAGGAGUGCUACAGCAGCUACACCACCAAUGGCACGGCCAGCGGGCGGCCGCAGCGCAAGAGCCAGGCCGCGCCGUCCAGGCUCAAGCCGAUGCCGUCCAAGUGGGACGACGCGCAGAAGUGGCUCGUCGGCAUGUCCAACGGGGGCAGCUCCGACGGGAUCCACGGCGGCAAGGGCGCCGUCGCCAAGCCCCGCAACUCCAACGCCGACGACCGGCGGCUGCUGAGCUCGUCGUCGCAGAACGGGCGCGUGUCCUGCAGCAGCGUGGACGGCGGGGUCGAGUACAACAUGGUGGUGGCGCCCCCGACGCCGCCGCAGCUGGGCGAGGGCGGCAGCGGCGACGACGUCGGCGAGACCAAGAACGUGGACUGCGGCGGCAUGCUGCUGCGGCCGCACGGGCACGGGUACGGAUCGCCCGUCUCGGUGUGCCUGCGGGACAUGGGCACCGAGAUGACGCCCAUCGCCAGCAAAGAGCCGUCCAGGGCCGCCACGCCGCUGCGCGCCACCACGCCCGUCGCGCGGAGUCCGGUCCCGUCGCGGUCGUCCACGCCCGGGAGGCGGCGGCAGGACGAGCCGCCCGUGAGCGUUGCCGCCGGUGUGGUCAGGACACCGGAGCAAGCGGCUGUAAGCAAUGACUUCAGUGGCGGCGAGGUGGACAGCAACGGCGGGGUGGACGGCCGUGUUCCCAGAGCGAACACGCUCGAGUCUCGCGCCGCGGCCUGGGACGAAGCCGAGCGUGCAAAGUUCACGGCAAGGUACAAGCGUGAAGAGGUGAAGAUACAGGCCUGGGAGAACCAUGAGAAGAGAAAAGCUGAGAUGGAGAUGAAGAGAAUCGAGAUGAAGGCGGAACAGAUGAAAGCUCGGGCGCAGGAGAAGCUCGCCAACAAGCUGGCGGAGGCGAGGCGAGUCGCCGAGGAGAAGCGGGCGAGCGCUGAGGCCAUGCUGAACGAGGGAGCGGCGAGGACGUCGGAGAAGGCCGACUACAUCAGGAGGACGGGCCACCUCCCCUCCUCCUUCUUCUCCUUCAGGAUACCCUCGCUCUGCGGCUAACAUAUAUACAUUCACAUGCUUAUUUGAACUGAACAAUGGCUCUGCCUCUGCAGAUUUUAGUGGUUUAUAAUUUUACUCCACCACCGCGUCCUUGCGUUGCUUACAUAUGAGUCGAUCCACAUCCUGUUUUGCAUGAUCAACAUAGGCUUGCUUUUCGA